CGCAGCUUCCGACUCAAAAGCCAACCAAGCACAUCCACAAUGAUCCGACCGGUGUCGAAUCUGCAAAUGCAACGUCAGCUUCAAUCCCCCAGCAAGCCUCUGAAAUCGACCACGACGUCCUCUAAGUCUCCGAUCAAGAAGCACCUUCAGAAUGCCUCCACAGAACUCCCAUCGUCUCCUCUUCAUGGGGCCCAGAAAGCCAAACUACGUGCGUCAGUUCUUCAAGCAGUUUUGAACUUACUGGACCAAGACGUGAACGCACUCGCUGGAGCCCACCAAGUCCUCCAAGCCGCUGCCGCCCUACCCUUGUCCGAGCCCAACGUACAGCGUGCAACCGUCCAAGCUCUACGUGGCCUUCAUCAGUCAAUGUCGCCAUCGUUCGGCUACGACUCUGGCUCGUCAAUUUCCAACUGGGAUGCGCCGAUCCCACCGAGUCCACACAAACAAACAGAAACUUCAGACUGGAAUUAACUCAUUUCAUCACUGCAAGGAAUUCCUACUCGCCUGCGCUAACGAGAUCCACGAGCUCGAAGAUGUUCGUCCAGUGGACUUCGACUAUGCGUCAACUGUACAGUCCUCUAUUGACAGUGACGAUACUAGGGCUGAUCAGGGCUCACAGUCCUCCGACGCUUUGCACCGGACCGAGUACAUGCGCGACGUUGACGAGAUGUCAGCAAGUGAUCGAGGGGUUUGCCGCCAGGUGCUCCGAGCUCUGCACGCACACGCUCAGACCCAACGCCGACGUUCGAGUGCCCCGAACUUGGCGUUAAAGUUUCGUGUCUUCGAGGCACUCAAGCUGCAAGCGAGUCUUAUACCUAAGAGACUCGCCUUCCAGCGUCUCAAAAACGGAGGUCGCUCACGUUAUCAGCCCAGUUCGACGGCUCUUGGCAAGACCCGCAGAUCUCUGGACUUCCAGACGCUCAUGAUGCACCAUUCGGACGUGCUGCUUCUUAUCCUAGCUCUAGUGGUUUUAGCUAACCUGCCUGCCAAGUACAUCGUGUAGUAAACUCAGGUUACCAUCAGGUUUAACUCAGGCU